AUAUGCCAUUAGGCAAAUUAAUGUAUAAAAACCAUACAUUGUAGAACAUCUGUUUUUUAUGGAAAGUGAUUGUCUCUGCAGCUCCAGUAGAAGAACCUAUUCUACAGAUGCACAACUGGCUUGAUAAGCAAUGUGCUGUCACGCUGAAGUGCAAUGGCUCUGGAGAAGGAACACUGAAUAUGACUUUACUGAAAGAUGGAAACAAAAUAGCCGCUACCAGGGAAGGAAGUGUCAUUGAGUCAUCUGUCAGCAGCCUGGUCCCUGAAUCCCAGGGCACUUAUACGUGUAUUGUGGCUAAUCCUGUGAGCGAAAAGACCUCCCGUUCUGUGAAGAUACAGUAUCCAGUACACACAAGCACGUUACUUUCCAUCUAUCUAAGCUUCUUCUCACUGGAACAAGGAAUUAUUCUUCUGCUUCCGCACCUGUGCAUUUUAUGCAAGCGGUCAUUAACCGAAGGUGACUGCACUGAGAAAGCUCUGUCAUGGUGCUUGGGUAUAAUUCAAAAUGUCUCUGGACUUGGAGCCAUUGUCAGCAAUUGGUAUUUUCUUGCUAUUCCUUGGUUCCAGGCAUAUGCUGUCCUGCUGAUGAUUCUUCUGCUCAUAAAAUUUAUGAUUUUCCUUCUAGUAAAAUGUAAAACAAACCGAAACCCCAGAGGAAAUGGCAACCUAGACACCCACAGAGGCACCGAGCUAGCCACCCUCAACAGCAGCCAGGACUCCACUGAGCAACUGGAGAUGCAAACUGCAAGCCAAUUGGAACAGCAAGAGGACACUGGUUCUCAAUAUGCGGUGCAAGUAUCCCAUUGUUUAGAAUCUUCUGUGACACGGAUCGAUAUAUUUGCUUCUGCAGCGAUUGUUUUUGGAAGUAUUGCACAGUUAUGUUUGUUUUUUAACAAGUACAACAAUCCGUGUGUGAAAACGAUAGUGUUUGAAGACUGGCCUCUUUACCUCAUCUUAGCACUGCCGCUAGUUAUUUGGGUUUUUCUAUCAUUUUGGACCUUUUACAUUAGGAUUACCAACAGGACUAGAAACUACUUUUUUGUAGACUUUUCAGAACAGAAACCUCUUGAAACAACUGAGUUAAACCUAGAAGGCCAUGAGAAAAUUCCACUUCCUGGUCCAGCUGUAUGUCCUGUGGCUGAUAAUUAUGAACAAGUGCCAGACUCCACUGAUUUAAGAGGCGUGAGGGAAGUCUGUGCAGACCAAUCGAGAGGUUAUGUCUCAGCUGAAGAUUCAGAAGCCAAUAAUGUAAAUAAGGAAACCCCUGAGGAUAUUCCACUUGCUCUCAAUCCCUCUGCUGGCGCAACUAUAUGUUCUGUGGAUGAGGACUGUGAAAUAUUAGCGCCAGACAUAACUGAUUUAAGAGGGGUUGGGGAAACCUGUGCAGACGAGUUAGGAAGGAAAGUCUCAGCUGAAGAUCCUGAACAAAACAAGGAAACCCAGGAGAAUAGUCUGCCUGUUGUCAGUUCCUCUGAUAUCUCACCCAGAGUUGAUGACUGUGUCAUAAAAUUAAUGUCAGACACCAAACAUGACACUGUAACAACUGGGUGACACUUUGUAAACAAGUUUUUUAUUUUCAUGUCUACAAUUUAUUGUGAAUCUUACCAAUAUGUUGGUUUUACAUUAUAUAAAAGAACUAAUAUGAAAUAAGUCACACAGUACAAGGAGGGAGGGCGCCGUAACUGUAUUUGCCUCAUGUCAGAGUGAUCAGUUCUGCAUAACUGGAAGUUACAUAGUUGCCUUAGUGGUUAAGUGAUAAAGUAUGUGGUAUUUUAAAUGGAAUUGUCAUUACCACAUUCUUUACCGUUCAUCUAAAUGUGACCAUAAUGGCAGGUAAGGGGUAAAAUAUAUUGUCCUGGCUAGAAACACUUCAUCUCUUAAAAGUCAACUGUUUUGUAUUAAACAUAUUUUAUUGACUUCUCAGUGGUUUUGUAAAUAUAGAGUUUACUUCAGGGGCAUUGCUAACAUGUAAAACCUGUAGGAUCUUCAUCCUAUAGGUUCAUUCAAUAUAACUUCAUCCAAUCCCCAUUCUAGUCUAUGGCCAACACCAUCCUAGGCUCCACCUCUAGUCACUGUUUAUAUUUCUCACACAGAGCAAUAGUUUAACCACUUUGUGCCAUCAACACAUGUAGAGGUUUUACCAUUGUGGCACCAAGUAAUACUCAUGGAUCAGUGGUCAUUUAGAGAGUGGAGAUAUGAGCCAGAAUGGAUACAAAUGUAGCUUACGCUUGAUACAGUCUUACUUAGAUUCCAUAUUGUGACUCUGAUUCUGAAGGCUGAAUUUAAGGUCAUUGAGGAGUACAAGGGAAAGGAAAUAGGACAGCACAUUGUAGUAAAAAGAUACAAUCUCUAUAAAACUGAAUAAUUCUAUGUUGGGGCACAAUACAACCCAUAAAGCAAAUUUUCCUGCAGCUAAUCAAUUUAUUGGGCAUUGAGUUGUCUGUAUGUAUUUAGCCAUGAAAGAAACAUUGGCACAAUAUACACAAAUAAUAAAAUGCCCCUGUAUAAAGGGAAAUAAUAUGGAGUGACAAGCUACAAGGGAGUGCACCAGCACCUGAUCUCAGUUAACCAUCUCUUUAUAUAUGUACAUAGAACGUAUUUUUUAGUUUUCAAUACAGAAAGGGCUUUACAUAUUUAUUUUUUACCUGCAAUAUUUAAUAUGUAUUUUUAUAUCUGAUAUUCUAACCACAGAUUGUAUGGUGUAUAAAGUCAUCACUGUGGCUAUUUAUGUAUCUUGGGCAUUUGAGUGAUGUGGGCAUUUAUAAUUGCAAUGGGGAAGCAUAACUCUUAUGUUAAAGGGAUAUUGAUUUGAAAGUCUGUGCUUUUUUAAAAAUAAAAGUUUGCUUAAUACAAUGUAA